GCACCACUCAGUGAGCACCCAUCGCCGAGGACGGAUCCCUUAAUAAUAUUCCACUUUGUCUGUGCGCUAUCAACGUCAACAUUAUGGCCUUCAUGAUGCCCGUGGUGAAGAACGACUGGAACAUUUACAAGUCCCAGCGGCCGAGUGGCAACCGGCGCAGCUCGGAGAGCAGCCGCAAAGUGUCCGAGAGCCGCAGCAGCGAGUGUCCCAGCCUGUCGACGUCGCCGGGCUCGACCGACUUCUUCAGCCCGGCCCACCGGUCGGCGCCGAUGGCCGUGCGGACGUCGCACUCUUCGCGGGCCAGCCUGCAGUCGCCGAGCAAGGGCUCGUCGUCGGCCAGCUCGUCGCCGCCGAAGUCGACCGGCUCGCAGAGCUCGCUCAACAAGUUCCACUCGCGGCUCGUGGACAAGCUGAAGAGGUCGUUCCGGUCGAGUUCGUCCGACGACACUCGUUCCUCGUCUUGAGAUCCGGCCGCAGCGAGCACGCCGCCGCCGCCGCCUCCGCCGCCGCGCUCACACCCCAUCGAGAUCCGGGCGGCCCGCCGGCUGUCGUCGACGGCCUCUUCGUCGGCCUCGUCGACUCCGCACUCCCUGCAGAUGAGGCACUCGGUGCCCGCAAGCUUUUAGACUGAGUUGUUCAUCUGAUUUUUGAGACUACAAUACUUUUUCGUUAGUUAAUAUUCGAACGGUGCCUGAUUUCCGAAUUGUGAAAAAUAUAGAGACUUGGAACACCAGCAAGAAGAGAAGGCGUUCAACGUUUCAAGUCAGCGACAUUCCACGCACCCGCCUCGCGGAUUAUUAUUACAAAGGUGCCGGGGGUGCACACCUCGCACUGGGCAAUUAUUCAAUCUUUCAAUUUCUGGAAGUUUCCAAAGAAGGCAAGUACUUGGUUUGCUCUGAACAAAAUUCAAAUUCAACUUAGUUAAUUAAUUGCCCAUUGUCACGGUGAUGUCGUCGUCAUAAAUUUUGCGCUUUAUGUGCCACGAUCACACGCAUACUAAUAUAAUAUAUAAUAAAUAAUAAUUUUAUCAGUGAUAGUCUGACUGCUGUAUCAAAAAGAGUUACAUUACUACGCGCUAAUCUAAUUAGACUCCAGUCAUUUCCUAAUUGUAAGUAAUUCAUCUUCUUUGUAUAGAGAGUAAAGCGAUUUUUAUACUUUGGGAAUAAUGCCACACAAGGAUAGAUAUUAGAUUUUCCUUUUUGUAUGGUAUAUACUUUCUCUCGCUUAUUCAAUUGGUGCUGAUUACGAUUGGCCGUUUUAACAAAGAGGCACCACAUGCUGGAAAUUAGCAGCUAUUUUUCCUGUGAAAAGCAAAUAAUUUUCAAUUGAAAAAAAAAAAUAACAAUCGAAACAUUUAUAUCGGCUGACUGCAAUCUGUGAAAAGAAUUUGUGAGAGUAAUAAUUUAAGCAGAAAAAAUUACUAAUAGUAUUUGCAUUGAGUUUCCAAACACGCAAUGUUGACUGAUUAAAUCACGCUGUAUUUAAUGAAAUGUUGAACAAUGUUGAGUCGAACAGAAAAUUUAUUUGAAAACGGAAAUAAAAAGCUGUAAAAAAACCCAGCGGAUGAAAAUAAUAAAAACACAAAAGCGUCAAUGCUUCAUUAAAAGAAACAAACUAAA